AUGAAUGUCCCUUCUCCCAUUGUAGAUGAUGGAAAGGGCAAGGAUGGGAGUAGUCAGAAGAGUGAGGAGGACGGGUGUGGGAAGGAGGGAAAGUGGGGGAAGUGGGAGUAUGAAGGCGGGAGGAGACGGAGAUGUGUUGGUGUUGAGCUGCUGGAAAUUCCGCUCUGUACCGUUUGUGUUGUGGAGACAGAGGGAGAGACAAAAGGGGAUGUGCUGAGAAGGGGUUUGGAGGCCGUUAGUCGGUUUGAUGGGGGCCUGAGUCGGGAGAGAUUGAAGAUGUUAAGUGAGGAUGGAGAUGGGGGAGAGUUGAAGGUUAAUAGGAGGAGGAGGUUACAAGCCUCUAGAAGACCGCGAGCUAGGACUUGUGAGAUGGGGUCAAAGAAUCCUGGAGGAUCGGUGCGUCUCCUUCUCGUCUAUCACCUCGUAAACAACAACUUGGCUAAUUGUUGCAGUGUGCUUGUUCGGCCUUUGAAGAAGAUCGCCUUCCUUUGCUUGAGAAUGCUGCCGCCAUGGGAUUUAGUGUCGGUCCUGGAAGUCCAGGUUCCGAUACUCAUUGGCAUAGUGAUUCGGAAGCAGCAGAUCUCGGUCAGAUCGAAACAGAUCACCCAAGACCUGGAGUAUACGUUUCGGUCUUUGAGCCCUUCAACGAGCUUCUUUUCACACAGUCAACCCCCAAGCCCCUGCCAAAAUGGAAGAACCUUCCCGAUGAUGCCCUCAGGGCACAAAAGAGAAGAAAGACUGAACCGCAAUAUAAAGGCUCUACCAUGGUUCGAGAAACGACUUAUCUAGGCCCGGGUGCUCAUUUCAUAUCUGGCAAUGGCUCCCACAGUUCAUAUGAAGACCCAUCAGAAACAGCAGUACCAACAAGGAAGAAUUCCAAACCCCCAAUAUCUCCACCGUUGACUCCGAAUGUAUCAGUCCAGGAAACCAACCAGGAGCAUGAAGGAGAAAGUCGCGAAGGACACAUCCGCAAUCGGAAACGAAAGAGUUCUUCGAUUUCCUUCCAUCCAAAGAUCACCAGAGAUUGCAUCCUUGUAGAACCCGACGAGAGGGCUCACAGGCAUUCCAAAAUUGUAGGAGUUGCCGCCUCUCCAGGAAUAUCAACAGCUUUGCCGCCCAGAGAGAGGACACCCUAUCAGAGCAUUGAAGAUACGGAUGCAAACAUGUCUCCUAAAUAUUUUGCUAGAGACGCACCUGCGUUACUAGGAAAAUUUACUGAAGAGACUGGUAGAAAUAGGCGUUCCGCCGCUCCUUCUCCAGAACCUCCACCCACCAUUCUCGCAUCAGAACUGGCGGGGAAAUGGUCUGGAACUCCCUCGACCAAUAAUUCUUAUACCCCUGAUGCUUUCGUGAGCCCCGAUCCUAUUCCCAAUCCUUUUUCGACUCCUGGGGUUGUCAGUCCCGUCCCAAUGCCUCCAGUUCGAGUCCCUCUUCUCUCUAAAUCCAUGGACGAUCUUGAAUGUUACGAGCCUGACUCCCCAGACUCAAAAGCGGAAAGAGAUACGAAGAGUCCGGCUGAGGAUGAUUUACAGAAGAUCAAGGUGGAGAAGACGAGGAUGUUGGAUAGGGAGCGUUGGGAGGAGAGAGUGAGGGAAAGAGAGAGGAUAUUUGGGGAAAAGCAGCGGGAGGGCUUGGAGAGGAGAGAGAAGCGGUCAAUGGAGGCGUUACACAUGGAGUUGACGACGCUUUUUGCUGAGAAGGGAGGGGAGGGGAAAGUGAAGAUUUUCCAAGGGGAUGGGUCGGAGAUUGAGAAUGGAUCCAGUUGA